GUGAGUGUUGUGUGAAAUGACGUGAAUUGCAAACAAACACUCAUUUGAAUCGCGAUUUACUCAUUGAUUGGUGUCUUAAUUGGGAUCAAGUGUGAAGACAGUGAUUGGUAUGGAGUUCGCAGAACUCAUCAAAACCCCGAAAUUGGAUGCAAUCCGAGUGGCGUAUCCCAUCGACCAGUCCAUGGAGGCCACCCUUUGCAUCACUAGUCACCACCUGAUUGUCUCCUCCAGAAGUGACACAACGCAAGAGUUAUGGCUGUUGCACUCAAUGGUGGACAUCGUUGAGCGCAAGCCUAACGUGAACUCCAGCGGCGGAACAGUUGUGCUGAAGUGCAAAGACUUUCGGAUCAUUGAGUUGGAGAUCAACGGAUGGAUGGAAUUCAAUAACGUCUGCAAUUCGAUGGAGUGGUUGUCCAACUUAGACGACCCCCGCCUCCUGUACCCCCACUUCUACCGAGCGAUGUAUGAUUUGGUCGAAAACGGAUGGAAUGCCUUCCGAAUUGAAACCGAGUUCUCCAAUCUUCUCAUGUUUUCGGACGACUGGCGGAUCAGUUAUGUCAACAAAGACUUCGCUGUGUGUCCCUCAUAUCCGGAAGCAGUGAUAGUUCCCAAACCUAUUGACGACGACUGUCUCGCAUCCAUCGCCUCCUUCCGAUGUUUGGGUCGGUUCCCAGUUCUCAGUUAUUUCCACAGAACUGCUAAAACGGUUUUGUUAAGAAGUGGUCAGCCGAUGGUCGGAACCAAUUCCAAGAGAUGCAAAGACGACGAGAAAUUAAUUAAUACAGUAUUAGGUUCUGGAAAGAGGGGUUAUAUCAUAGAAACGCGAACUCAAAACUUGGCACAACUCGCGCGCACUAAAGGCGGAGGUUUUGAGCCCGAAGUCCAUUACCCACUCUGGCGUCGCGUCCAUAAGCCUAUAGACAGACAUUCAACUCUUUUAGACUCUUUAAGCAAAUUAAUUGAAGCCUGUAAUGACACGAAGACUUCGAUGGAUAAAUGGUUAUCAAGAUUAGAGUCUUGUGGUUGGCUGACACACAUCAAGGAUGUACUCAGUAGUGCCUGUCUUGUGGCCCAAUGCAUGGAUCAAGAAUUGGCCUCAGUCUUAGUGCACGGAUCAGAAGGAAUGGAUUCCACUCUUCAAGUCUGUUCCUUAACUCAAGUCAUUCUCAAUCCCGACUGCCGUACAGUUCAUGGGUUUGAGGCACUGAUAGAGCGCGAGUGGUUACAAGCGGGCCAUCCAUUCGCCACUCGCUGUAAGCACAGCGCGUAUACCAUUCCCAGCGCCAGAACCAGAGAACAGUCGCCAAUAUUUCUAGUAUUCCUGGACUGUGUCUAUCAAAUCUUCAAUCAAUUCAAGUGUUCGUUUGAAUUCAAUGAGAAGUUUUUGAUAUAUAUCUUUGAACAGACAUAUGGCUCACAAUUCGGCACUUUUUUGGGUAAUUGUGUUAAAGACCGGAAAGACAUGAAUUUUGCGAAGAAAACGGUCUCUCUUUGGUCUUACAUUAAUAGACCGGAAAUAAUUCACGAGUUUAUAAACCCGUCGUAUGAACCAAAUUGUAAAGUGAUUUGGCCGUCGGUGGCGCCUCAGAGUCUGGAACUCUGGAGCGGACUAUACCUCCGAUGGGUUGUCCAACAAACUAAUUAUGAAAAGGCGUGGAAUCGAUUCGCAGAGAUUAAGGUUAAAGAGAAAGAACUUAAACUAAAGGCCACUCGACUUCGACGCGAACAGUUUUCCGAUUCAGAGCCGAGAAAAGGCAGGAAUUUGUUAGUAAUUAAUAAUCUGAAGCCCGAAGACAGUGGUAAUUACACCUGUGUUUCCACCAAUCAGUUCGGAACUGUUAGUCGCAGUUAUGUCCUCAAAGUUAUUGAUAAGUUCAUAGAUAAGCCACAAAUUGAAGGCAAUUACCCGAGCAAUUCAAGUGCUAUAAGAGGUGAUACAUUAACUCUUCACUGUUCUGUCAGAUCAGACGAAUUGCCACACAUUCAGUGGCUCAAAAAGAUUGAGAUCAGCUCUGAUUAUGACGGAGAUGUCAAGAGCGAUGAAUCGCAGCAUUACAUCAAAUAUGUGUGCUUAGGGGCCAAUACAAUGGGUACCAGUUUUCGGAGUGCUUUCCUUUCGGUGUACACUUCCAAACCAAAGCAAACUGAAAUGAGCGAGAUCAUGAAAGACGAUAUGUUUCCGAUGCCUAUUUUGGUGGCAAUUGUCUCGGUUGCGCCAGAACCCAAUACUCUUAGCACUCACUCGGAGUAUGAAUCGCCGGCUAAACAAUCUCGUUGUGUGCCGCAAGAAGGGAGUCUCGCAUACAAUCAGAUGUUGACCAACAAGUAUGACAAUAUGGUUGGCAUGCCAUCCAUGGCCCACAUGCCCGCCAUGCCGUCCACUCAACUCAGAGCUUCCUCUCCCUUCUACAGUGAACUCACAGAUCACGAGAAACGCAUAACAAAUGUGUACCAAAUGUAUACAAAUCCUAAAGAUUUUAAGCUUAAUCACUGCCACCCAAACAAAUACGGCUAUUAG